AUGAUAAAACCAUUGAUCGUUUAUUUUGCUAUAAUAACUAACGUUAUCUUUGCUCAGAGUCAGUCGGGUGAGUACACUAUAGAAAGCCUAGGUACUCAAACAUUUCUACAAACGGCCCCGCCAGUUGGAGGACCUUUAACAUUAGGAAGCGCUGGUGGUAUAUGGAAAAUUAGUCCUCCACUUGGACCGGAGACCACUAAUUAUACAAUUUCUCAUCCAGUAUUUGGAUAUUAUGCUGGUUUAAAGAAAGCAAGUCCAUUUGAUGAAUAUGUCAUUACUGUUCCUGAUCCCUAUUAUUUUACCAUAACUAGAGCAAGCACAGGGUAUUAUUCUAUAAGUAUACCGAGGUUCGGCGUAUUUUGGACUUCUAAUUCCACUAUUAGCCCAUUUAUCCAACUCAUCUCUGGAUCUGAGGUCAGGGGAAAUGAUGGAUAUUUUAACAUAGUGCCUGCUCAAAAAUAAUGACUUUUAAUAAACACUCUGG